AUGGAUUUUAAUGAACUUGUGGCCAGUAGGGUGGAGCUAGAAGCUGCAAUUCGGGAAAUACAGGGAAAGGUCACACACCUUUGGCGCAUCAACCACCAGCAAGAGGAGAAGAUCAAAGACUUGGAGAAGCAAAAUGAAGAUCAACAUGCCAAAUUUGAAGCCACGAAGCACAAGCUCACACGGACUGAAGUCACGCUCCGGGCUCUUGAGGCAAAGAUUAAGCUCCAGAAAGCCCAUAUUGAAGAUUUAAAGGAAGAGUCUCAACAGCAACAGGACGAGAUCAAGGCGCUGAAGACCCAGGAAAAGCGUGACGAGUCAAAGUACGCCGCCAGGAUCUCAGAGCUCAAGAAGGAGAACGCGGUUCAAGUAGCCAAGAUCGCCGAGUUACAGAAGGCAAAGACAUGCGAAGUCUCGGGUGUCAAGGCCAACUUUGCCUUCCUCCAGUCUAAGGUAAGGCGUGUUGAAGAGGAAUGCGAAAACAAGAUCAUAGAGCUGAAUAGCAAGAAUCUGGAGCAGAAAGUCAAAAUGAGAGAUUGCAUCAAGGAGUUGCAAAGCCAGAAGGAAGAUCAACAAGCUGAGAUUGAAGCUCUAAAGGAUCAUCUUAAGGACAAGGAGGAUCUCAUAUCCGAGCUACUAGAUGCGUCACAAACCAAAGACUCAACGUGGGAAACUCAAUCACAGCGCCUUGCCCGGCUAGAAACCCAGAUCGAAACUCUAGAGGCUGACAAGCUGCGCCAAGAAUCCAGAAGCCAAGAGCUUGAAACGAAGUAUAGUGCUGGGACAUUCCGGCGUGAGAAGUUGCAACAGCAACUCAAGCUGAACCAAUAUGAUGUUGACCAAGUAAAUGAGAUUGCGCAGAGUCUUGAGUUCCACUUCAACAGCACUUAUGUCAGAUUCUCCGGGGACAACAAGCUGCAUACAAAGGCGGAACUGGAGGAAGCGUAUAUGGAAGCGCAAAGACUGCAGGAUAAGCGGAGAGCUUUGGCCCUGGCGCGACGGAUGCGUAUUCAGGAGGGAGAAGGUCGAGAUAGAUAUUCUUACUUUGAUGAAUAG